UAACGUUCCCGGCGCCGCGUUUGAAUUCGAGGAGGAGCGAAGCCCUGCCAAGCCUCUACCCAGACCCUGCUAGGUUCGUGGAGCAACUCCGGGAACAUGAGUGCGGCGGCAACUGCAGGGAAGCUGGCGCGGGCACCAGCGGACCCAGGGAAAGCCGGGGGUCCCGGAGGUGCAGCUCCCGGGGCCCCGGCGGCUGCUCCGCCGGCGAAAGAGAUCCCGGAGGUCCUAGUGGACCCGCGCAGCCGGCGGCGCUACCUGCGGGGACGCUUUCUGGGGAAGGGAGGCUUUGCUAAGUGCUUCGAAAUCUCGGACGCUGACACUAAGGAGGUGUUCGCGGGCAAGAUCGUGCCUAAGUCUCUGCUGCUCAAGCCGCACCAGAAGGAGAAGAUGUCCAUGGAGAUAUCCAUUCACCGCAGCCUCGCCCACCAGCACAUCGUAGGCUUCCACGGCUUUUUCGAAGACAAUGACUUCGUAUUCGUGGUGUUGGAGCUCUGCCGCCGGAGGUCUCUCCUGGAGCUGCACAAACGGAGGAAAGCACUAACCGAGCCGGAAGCCCGCUACUACCUUCGGCAGAUUGUCCUUGGCUGCCAGUACCUGCACCGAAACCGGGUUAUUCACCGGGACCUCAAGCUGGGAAACCUUUUCCUGAAUGAGGAUCUGGAGGUGAAAAUAGGGGAUUUUGGACUGGCAACCAAAGUGGAAUAUGACGGGGAACGCAAGAAGACCUUGUGCGGGACUCCCAAUUACAUAGCUCCUGAGGUGCUGAGCAAGAAAGGGCACAGUUUCGAGGUGGACGUGUGGUCCAUUGGGUGUAUCAUGUAUACAUUGUUAGUGGGCAAACCACCUUUUGAGACCUCUUGCCUCAAAGAGACCUACCUCCGGAUCAAGAAGAAUGACUACAGUAUUCCCAAGCAUGUCAACCCUGUGGCCGCCUCCCUCAUCCAGAAGAUGCUUCAGACAGAUCCUACUGCCCGCCCCACCAUUCAUGAGCUGCUCAAUGACGAGUUCUUUACUUCCGGCUACAUCCCUGCCCGACUCCCCAUCACCUGUCUCACAAUUGCACCUCGGUUUUCCAUUGCUCCCAGCAGUUUGGACCCCAGCAGCCGGAAACCUCUCACAGUCCUCAAUAAAGGCACGGAGAACCCCAUGCCUGAGCGGCCCCGGGAAAAAGAGGAGCCAGGAGUCCGGGAGACCAAUGAGGUGGUUGACUGCCACCUGGGCGAUAUGCUACAGCAGCUACACAGCGUCAAUGCAUCCAAGCCCUCAGAGCGGGGGCUGGUGAGGCAAGAGGAGGCUGAGGAUCCUGCCUGCAUCCCCAUCUUCUGGGUCAGCAAGUGGGUGGACUAUUCGGACAAGUACGGCCUCGGGUACCAGCUAUGUGACAACAGCGUGGGGGUGCUCUUCAAUGACUCGACGCGCCUGAUCCUCUACAAUGACGGUGACAGUCUGCAGUACAUAGAGCGCGAUGGCACCGAGUCCUACCUCACCGUGAGCUCCCAUCCCAACUCCCUGAUGAAGAAGGUGAGCACCAGCCGGUGGCUGGUGGCCGCGUGGCCUGGGGCUGCCGAGAGGGAGGCACGUGCAGGGCGGUUAGGCUCUAACUCUGGCCUCCCUCCCUCCUUUUCCAACAAGAUCACCCUCCUGAAGUAUUUCCGGAACUACAUGAGUGAACACUUGCUGAAGGCGGGGGCCAACAUCACGCCCCGGGAAGGCGAUGAGCUCGCCCGGCUACCCUACCUGCGCACCUGGUUUCGCACCCGCAGCGCCAUCAUCCUGCACCUCAGCAACGGCUGUGUGCAGAUCAACUUCUUCCAGGACCAUACCAAACUCAUCCUGUGCCCACUGAUGGCAGCCGUGACCUACAUCGACGAGAGGCGGGACUUCCGCACAUACCGCCUGAGCCUGCUGGAGGAAUACGGCUGCUCCAAGGAGCUGGCCAGCCGGCUCCGCUAUGCCCGCACCAUGGUGGACAAGCUGCUGAGCUCCCGCUCGGCCGCCAACCGUCUCAAGGCCUCCUCGUAGGACUUGCUCCCCUCUGGACUGGCAUCCCUUCUCACCCCCACAGCAUCUUGGCUUGCACUGGUUAGCUCCCCUCAUGCCAUUUUCUAGAAUAUGCCCCCCAGCCCUGGGGGCUGGGGAGAGCUCCAUCAUCCUUGCUGGUGGGGGUCGUCGUGUAAGUUAUUUUUGUACAUGUUCGGGUGUGGGUUCUAUGGCCUCUUCCCCUUGCCCCUCAGCCCCACCAUAUGCAUUGUACAGAAUACUGCUCUUGAAUCUGGGACUGUCCUUUCCUUGCCUUUAUAUACAUUAAACACAUGUGAAUCUUC